AAUUUUUUUCUGAGAGGAGGGCGUAGAUUCGUGUCAGGUUUUGAUUCUCUAACGGUACGGAAGUUAAUCAGAAGAUGGCACAGGAGAAGAUUACCCUGGCCGAUGCGCUUUCUAACGUGGAAGUGCUGGACGAGUUACCACUGCCGGACGAGCAGCCCUGCAUUGAGGCACAACCCUGUUCGGUUGUAUAUCAGGCCAACUUCGAUACCAAUUUCGAGGACCGAAAUGGGUUCGUUACGGGAAUAGCGAAGUAUAUCGAGGAGGCGACAACUCACGCAAAUUUGAAUCAAUUGCUGGAUGAAGGACAGAAGCAUGCCGUCAUGUUGUACACAUGGCGCUGCUGUUCUCGAGCCAUUCCGCAGCCAAAAUCCAACGAACAACCAAACCGGGUCGAGAUUUACGAGAAAACCGUUGAAGUGCUCGCGCCGGAGGUGAACAAACUGCUGAACUUUAUGUACUUCCAACGAAAAGCCAUCGAAGCUUUCUCCGGCGAGGUGAAGCGGUUGUGUCACGCCGAAAAACGCAAGGAUUUCGUGUCGGAGGCGUAUCUGUUGACGCUGGGCAAGUUCAUCAACAUGUUCGCCGUUUUGGAUGAGUUGAAAAACAUGAAGUCGAGCGUUAAAAACGAUUACAGUACCUACCGCCGGGCGGCACAGUUUCUGAAGGUGAUGAGCGAUUCGCACACGCUGCAGGAGUCCCAGAAUUUGUCCAUGUUUUUGGCGACGCAGAACAAAAUACGGGACACGGUUAAGGAUGCACUGGAGAAGAUUUCCGGCUACGAAGAGCUACUCUCGGAUGUGGUUAACAUUUGCGUGCACAUGUACGAAUCCAAAAUGUACAUGACACCGGAGGAGAAGCAUAUGCUGGUGAAGGUUAUGGGUUUCGGACUGUUCCUGAUGGACUCGGAAAUCUGCAACAUCAACAAGCUUGACACCAAGAAGAAACUGCGUUUGGACAGGAUUGACAGGAUUUUUAAGAAUUUGGAAGUGGUUCCGCUGUUUGGAGAUAUGCAAAUUGCACCUUUCAACUAUAUCAAGCGGAGUAAGCAUUUUGAUCCGAGCAAAUGGCCGUUGUCUAGUUCGCAGGUGAUCAGUCCCCAGGCCGAUUUGAUGGUACAUUUACCCACGAUUCGGGAAGAUCACGUGAAGUACAUUUCGGAGCUUUCACGCUAUAGUAAUGAGGUUACGACUACCUACAAGGAUAACGCAACCGAUGGCGAGAACAAAGCGACGGCUGACCUCGCCCUUCGCGGAUUACAACUUCUCUCGGAGUGGACCUCGGUGGUGACCGAGCUGUACUCGUGGAAACUGCUGCAUCCGACCGAUCAUCACCAGAACAAGGAAUGUCCGGUGGAGGCGGAAGAGUACGAGCGGGCAACUCGCUACAAUUACACCGACGACGAAAAAUUCGCACUGAUCGAAGUGAUUGCCAUGAUAAAAGGCCUCCAGGUGCUGAUGGCACGAAUCGAGACGGUGCUGUGCGAAGCGAUUCGUCGCAGCAUUUACGCCGAGCUGCAGGAUUUUGUGCAGCUUAUGUUGCGCGAACCGCUCCGCAAAGCGGUCAAAAAUAAGAAGGAUUUGAUUCGUUCGAUCGUGAUGUCGGUGCGGGAGACCAGUGCCGACUGGCAGAAGGGUACCGAACCGUCGCACGAUCCGGCGCUGAAGGGCAAAAAAGAUCCCGACGGAGGGUUUCAAAUUAAUGUGCCACGGUUGAACGUAGGACCGUCUUCGACACAGCUGUAUAUGGUGCGCACGAUGCUGGAGUCGUUGAUAGCGGACAAGUCUGGGGGGAAGCGAACGCUGCGGAAGGAUAUCGAUGGAUCUUGUUUGGUACAAAUUGAUGCAUUCCAUAAGCUGUCCUUCUACUGGACAUAUCUGCUCAGUUUCAGCGAGACGCUGCAGAAAUGUUGCGACCUGUCGCAACUUUGGUACCGAGAGUUUUAUCUGGAAAUGACAAUGGGUCGGAAGGUUAAUAAAUGCCUUGUGCGCCACCAACACAACGAGGAAUGUAACGAUUUGAUAACGAUGGAGAAACGCAUUCAGUUUCCGAUUGAAAUGUCCAUGCCGUGGAUUUUGACGGAUCAUAUCCUCCGCACGAAGGAACCCUCGAUGAUGGAGUACGUGUUGUAUCCACUUGAUUUGUACAAUGAUUCGGCCCUCUACGCGUUAACCAUCUUCCGGAAGCAAUUUUUGUACGAUGAAGUGGAGGCCGAGGUUAAUCUGUGUUUCGAUCAGUUUGUUUACAAACUCAGUGAACAGGUAUUUGCUCACUAUAAGCAACUGGCCGGCAGCAUCUAUCUGGACAAGCGAUUCCGGGUUGAGUGUGAGGUUCUGGGUUUCAACUUCCAAUCCUAUCCGAAGAAUAACCGUUAUGAGACGCUGUUGAAACAGCGUCACGUUCAGCUGCUGGGAAGAUCAAUCGAUUUGAACAAGUUGAUAACUCAACGAAUAAAUGCCGACAUGCAAAAGAGUUUGGAACUCGCCAUCUGUCGAUUCGAGGCUAGCGAUAUAACGGGAGUGGUUGAGCUGGAAGCUCUCUUGGCAGUUAACAAGCUCUGUCACAAGCUGCUGUCGAGAUUCCUGGCUUUGGACGAUUUCGAUGCGAUGCUCAAGGAGGCCAAUCACAAUGUACUUGCUCCGUACGGAAGGAUCACUUUGCACGUUUUCGUUGAGUUGAACUACGAUUUCCUAUCGAACUAUUGUUACAAUGCCGCAACGAAUAGAUUCGUACGUAACAAGCUACAGAUUCCAUUUUCGGGGGCUAUCACACGCGAGAAAGCACCCGUAAUGUCACAUUACUACCUGUGGGGAUCCAAACCGCUGAACGCUGCCUUUUCAACGCAGUACGGGCAGUACACUGGCUUUGUUGGGGCCCCGCACUUCCAUGCUGUUUGUCGCUUGCUCGGCUACCAGGGAAUCGCCGUUGUGAUGGAGAUCAUCUUGAAAGACAUCGUCAAACCUCUCAUCCAGGGAAAUUUGCUUCAGUUCACCAAAACGCUCAUGUCUGCUAUGCCAAAAUCGUGCAAGCUGCCACGGUGCGACUACGGCUCGCCGGGAGUUUUGAGCUACUAUCAGGCCCAUCUGGUUGACAUUGUCCAAUAUCCGGAUGCGAAGACCGAACUGUUUCAGCUGUUCCGUGAAAUGGGUAACUCACUGCUGUUCUGUUUGCUGAUUGAGCAAGCUCUGUCGCAGGAGGAGGUGUGCGAUUUGUUGCAUGCGGCUCCGUUUCAGAAUAUUCUUCCGAGACCAUACUGCAAGGAGGGCGAGAAACCGGAGACGAAGCAGAAGCGACUGGAGGCGAAAUACGCGUCGCUGCAGAUUGUGCCCAACAUAGAGAAACUGGGAACGGCCAAGCAAGCUAUGAUCGCCCGGGAGGGAGAUCUGCUGACCCGUGAGCGUCUUUGCUGCGGUCUGUCCAUUUUCGAGGUCAUUCUUGGUCGGGUUAAAUCAUUCCUCGAUGAUCCGGUUUGGGCCGGCCCUCCGCCAGUGAACGGCGUGAUGCAUAUCGACGAGUGUUCCGAGUUCCAUCGGCUGUGGUCGGCUUUGCAGUUUGUAUACUGCAUACCGGUAGCCGGAACCGAGUACACUGUGGAAGAACUUUUCGGCGAAGGACUCCAUUGGGCGGGCUGUGCAAUAAUUGUCCUGUUGAACCAGCAGAGAAAAUUUGAGGCACUGGAUUUUUGCUAUCACAUUUUGCGCGUACAACGAGUUGACGGAAAGGAUGAUACCGUAAAAGGAAUUAACCUCAAACGUAUGGUGGACCGAAUCCGUCGCUUCCAGGUACUAAAUUCGCAGAUUUUUGCGAUACUGAACAAAUACUUGAAAAGCAACGACGUGGAGGGCUCUAAUGUGGAACAUGUGCGCUGUUUCCCACCACCGCCACAUCCGACGGUGGUUCCGUCGCACUACCACGAUCCAAAUAAGCUGCGGACGCAGUAGAACAAAAAGCUCCACUCUCUUAGUUCUAAGGUCUAUUGCUUUAUUGGAGGAGAAAGAUUGAUGCUGAUAUUUUAGUUUUCAUAUCAACCUCUCUCUCUCUCUCUCUCUCAGUUUGUGUUACGAUUUUUUAGAGUUAUUUAUUUUCCCUUAUCGCAAAGAUUGUAUAUCCAAUUGAUAUGAUAGAUAUGUAUAUUAGGAGUAAAGUAGUAUUGAUUGUUCAAAUCAAGUUUGGCAUUGGAAAGAAGACAAAAAUACGAAAGAAUAGGUUUACGAAUGAUAUUAAACAUUUGAGGAAUCUACCUUCCAAACGCUUUUUGGAAGCGUUAUUCAAGAGGAAUCAUUUCUAGAUUCAUUUACCCGUAUGUAUAGAGAGAGAGAGGCACAUGCAGAUGCAGAGGAUGUUGGCAAAUGACGUAUUCAGUGUCCGACAAAAUGUUCAAAUAACCCAGAGAUGUAUAAGUAGGACGUGAACCGUGGAAUUCGAGAUCCUUUGAAAUCCAUCUUGACUUUGACGUUCCUGGCAAUAAAUAUCGCUGUACAUGUAGAGCGAACUAUUAUGAUGCUCUAAAUAGGUUCCAACGGUUAUAGAAUCAUACCGAUAUCAUUCUUUUUUUUGUCAACGUUUCUCGAGGUUAAAUAAUGAUAUUAAACAGCAGAAUUCUAACAUCGAACAGACAGGACACAGACAAAUAUUUAUUUAAACUACAUACAUAUUGCUUACAAUUCGGCUAACGAAUCCAUUCCAAAUGAUCUCAUGGAUUACUGUACCGCGGCUAGACUUUUGAAAUACCUAACAUCAAGUGUACAUCAGAUAAGCAUUUUAUUACUCUUCGAUUACCAACUCAUUUAUGAACAUCUUUUACAGACAGACUGUUGCAGAUGAAUCAUUCAAAAUGUAUUAACCCGGGAAUCCACUCAGGCAACGACAAUGCAACAUGUAGCAUGUGACACAAUCCUUUCAUCGAAACAUCACGAUACGACUACCCAAUCCUACAUAAUUAAUUUGUCGAAAAGUGUCGUCUUCUAUCCGACAGGGAACGAAUUGGUGCGGCUGGCCGUUCAGUGUUUUCUUAGUGAAUUUAAAAAAAACGUCGAGUUGGAAGGUGCUGCAGUAGGCCAGCAUGAGUAUUCAGUUGCUGGUGCCGGUGGUGUAGUGGCAAGCGUAACUGCUAUACUUUACUAUGUCACUUUUCAUACCAUCGCGGUCCAUUUUGAUGGAAUGAAACUUGGAGGGAAUGAAAAGUUUGAACUGAAUCAUUGUAUAUUCUGUCAAAUAUAUUCCGAAAAUUUGUAAUUUUAAAACUGUUAAACUGUUGAAAAAUAUUACUCUAAAUUGAAUUUAAUAUUUCAAACCUCUAUAUCUCAAAUCGCCAUCCUUAUGAAUUUUUGAAAAUUUAUGAAAUUUCAAUACAUUCUAAAAUCGUAACCAUUUAAGAAAUUCAAGACAAAAAAGGAAUCUCUAAGCAUUACCACAUGAAAAACUACAAAUAACGUUUUAUCCCAGGACGAACCGUUCUCGGGAUAUAACCAUUUUUUUAUAGUGAAAAUAAUGGUAAUCAAACAUCUAGAUUUUGAGUUACGAUUUUUUGAAAUAAAAAUCAAUGAUUUUGAAUCCGUUCUUUUAAAAAAUCAGUUAUAAUUGAAACUGGUCAUAUAAUAAUGAAAAUUUUGAUUUUAGGAAGUUUCCAUCAUAAGUACCAAAUUUGAAAAAGACGUAGUUCUACGUCAAAAAAAAUCGGAGGGAUCGGGUCAGAGGCCGGCUGAUUUGACAAGGAAUUGCUCUAUGAGAAAUUCUAUUGGUCAAAGAUUUUAUGUAAAAUUUUGUGUUGCAAGCAAAAUUUCUUUUGCCGAAACGUUCAAAAUGUUGCAGAAUACAUUUGGUGAUUCAACUAUGUCGAAAACACGGAUGUAUGCAUGAAAGAAUGAAUGAAAGAGAUGAACGAUUUGCCACUUCAAGGGUGACCAUUCAUCUCUUCAACUGAUGAAAACAUCGACGAAAUGAAAGGAAUAGUGCUCGGAAAUCGUGAUUUAAGUUUGAGAAAGCUAGUCCGUAAAAUGAAUAUCUCUCACGAGAUCGUUCGUCAUAUUUUGGUUGAUGUUUUGGGCAUUAGCGAAAUCGCAGCACGACUAGUCCCAAAAGGAAUGGAGCUCCCAUUACGCAAAAACCAAGGAGCGUAGUUGCUUUACUGUUUUCGUCAUAACUUCCGCAGUUCAACUGAUAGCGUUGUCAGAUUUUGUUUGAAAACUCAUGGUUUACAAUGAUUGACGAUGCACAAGAGGUCUCAUCAUGAGAAAUUGCUAAAAUUUAUCCAUUUUUUAAUAACAAAUGCUUUUAAUAUGCAAGAAUCACUUUGCACAGGGAGACGAGGGACUGAUAUUUUUUACCUGUCUUAAGUUUCGAAGAAAUACUGCGUCGAUAUCAUCUUUGAUUGAAUGAUACAGUUUGAAGCAUCUGCAUAUAAUUUGUGGCACUCCAGAAUGGCAUUGAUGUUGUUGAGAUAUAAGAAUAAAUGGCCCUAGAUUACUUCCUAGAGAUACGCCUGAUGUCACACAGAAGGGGUCGUCUAUUUUCACGGCCAUGUAUCGAUUCACCAGAUAAGACUGUAGCCAACUCAGUAGGGAAUCGCUUACUCCAAGACAUUUGUUCUUCUCAUUUGCGUGCUUACUUACCCGUACCACCGGUAAGAUGUAGCGGCAAAUACCACUGCAAAUCAGUCGCUACUAAAUUGGACACUCGAAAUGCAUACGUAAAGAACAAACACUGUCACAUGUAAACAGACACUGUGGAGAGGAAAAAUAUUGCAAUGCAAGCCCCGUCCGGUGGCAACCAGAGCGUUAAAGUAGAGGAUUUUCAUAUUGUUACAGUUACGAUUCGGAAGUCAUCCAGCCAGAAACCAAUCCACGAUGAGGGCAUCCGAAAAGCCCGAGUUUAGAAUAAGUUCAAGGCUAGAGGCGCAUGAACUGCAGAAAUUCAAACUUCUAUAAUUAAACUAACUCUCUCUCUCUUCUAUUCUAUUACAUAGCGUUGCUCCUUCCAGUCAGCAUCGUGCUUAAGAUUCAAGGUGAAGUUUGAUGGAAUGAUACAAAGCGUUGAUUUACAUGCCGUCUAGUGAAGAGGGAUUAUAUAUAUUUUUGCAUCACGUGCACUGUUCAGUUCAUGCAGAGAAGCCCUAGUGAUUGAUUAACCAGUCAGAAACACUUAGCUUAUUAAGCUUAACUUAUUAAGCUUCUAAGCUUAGCUUAACUUAUUAACCAGCUUAGAACACCCCCAGCCUUUUUCCAAACGUGAAGCAGUUGAAACGUUGAUCAUGAAAUUGGAUAAACAAGAGGAUUCCAAUGGAAGUUUCGCAUUGAGUGCGACAACAGGUAUGAAAUAGAAAUUGAGGAAAUUAUUUUUCUGUUAUUCAAUCAAUGUUUUUGUCACGCGAAAAUAAUGUCAAUUUUCAUAACAUUUCAAAUUACACUCGAAUGCCUCUCACAGCAAAUCUUCCAAUUAAAUAUGGCGUCGAUUGUUUACAAAAUUCUGCUUUUUAACUGGUCCAAGGACCAGUUAGCGUUCGCCCAGUUAAAAAGCAGACCAGUUAAGCCAGGACCAGUUGGCGAACGAUUACUGUAUUCGCAUAGUCGGUACUUGCUGAAACAUGGUAUGUUGCGCCCACUGCAGCUUUAAGUAUGGAUGGAAAAUGAAAACUAAUUCGGGAUUUGGAGACGUCAUUGCUAUAACAAGGUGCUGUGUGAGAUUCCUGACAGACAUCUUAAGAUGUAGGUGGAAGCUAGCCACAAAUGGCUGCCACAAUGGCGCUCAUUUCUUUCAUCUCCCUCCCUUACCCCUCGCCCGAAAAAAAAUAAUUUUGCGAAACAGUGUGAAGAAAAUGAUCGCUCGCACACACUUCCCACCAAGUAAUAUUAAUAAUAAAAUCUAAUCGAUUACUCACCAAAUAUUAAAUUUUCAUCUGCCGUCGCAAUGUAUAGUGGAAAACGUCGUAAAACUCGAGCUAGUGCUCUGAAAGUUAACUUUUCAUUUGUCAAUUUUCCGCAAUGGUUUUGUUUGUAUUGGUGAAAACAUCAUUAUUUUUUCGACACUGAUGCCAGACAACAUCAUUUGAAAACCACAUAAAAACCACUCAAUGAAAUGUUAUUCCUGAGUCAUAGCGUUUCAUGUCAUGGAAAUCAAUAAAAUAUAAUUGUGUUGAUAUCAAUACAAUUAUUAUUUUUACGUUUAAUGGGUCUAUAAUGUAAAUUUUGGCAACUUGAACAUUGGUUGAGAAAAUUGUAUUGCAGAGCUCGGAACCCCGCCACGGCUGCCUAUGCUUCCAAAAAUAGUAAACGUAAAUGUAUUACAUUCAAUCAAAAUGUCUCGGCCAACGAAGAGAAGGGUUAAGGCUCUCCAGCGUGAAUAUGUGAAAACAAUACGACCAACGAAGGAAAAUAUUAAGGAAUUAUCAGUAUUGAGUUACUAUGCGGAAGAACUUGUUAAUAUCAAAAGAGCCCCAAUUCGAAUGUGUUAUAACUUUGCUCAUGUUACGCUCGCGUAUAAUCAGAAUUUUACUCCAUAUGCAAAUUCACCUUCUAUAUAUAUAUUUAUGUUUGCAAUUAUUCAUUCAUCUAACUUCAGUAUUGAAUUGUUAUUCUUUUUUUACAAAUGUAUUCAAAGACUUGUGUCAAUGAAGCGCCACACAGUCUGAUAAGUGAAUUGAUCUAUUUACAUUUGCUUUGCUCUUCUCUCACAAACACUAUUACCCCAUUUUUACACGUGGGUUUAGCUAUAGUACUACAAUGGCUAGCUUCCACCUUCACCUUAAGGUCGAUCAACAUUUCCGAAUACAUUGAAUCAUCUUGUUGAUGAUAUUAGAUUCGCAACUAAGUUCUCGCUUGUUUAUAUGGCUACAAAUGCUAGCAUCAUCCAUCUUUCUGGCAUAACUCGAAUGCCAAUACGAUAAACGGCUUCGUCUUCUGAGACUAUCUACGAAUUGGGCCAUUUAUCGAUGUUUUAAGAUGAGCGGAACUGCUGAUUUACCCUGUCAUCGAAAUCCAACGAAACAAGUGACGGCAAAGUCAGGGAAACAGUGUAAGGGAUUCGGAGUGGAACCUGCGGAAAUGAACUAAUACGCGAGAACUACGUUAGCACUCGUUUAUUCUAGGAAAAAUAGAAAUAUCGCGGGAAGCGCUUGGUUUGGAAUGAAAAAUGUAUAAUAUGCACGAAGUAGGCACAGUUGACUCGGAUGUGUGUAGUGGUAGGCGAUGCAUAUUUCCACACAUGUUAUAGUUGGACGGCACAAUGCCUAGGGAAUAUGGCAAGUAGGUCUAAGACUUUUCUUUUGAGUAUUACCAAGUAGGUUUUAUUUCUUUAUAUCUUUUCUUUAAACCAUCUGACUCACACUUGGUCUUAAUGAUAUUCUUAAAACUUAACGACACUACUAAAUCAAAAUACAAUGGUCCAACAAUAUAAAACAAUACAAAAAUGUCAUCUACGAGUGAGUCGUCUGUAAAAGGAGUCCGAAGAGAUAUUAAAGUCAAAUAGGUCGAACACAUCAUUGAAACGGACUGACAUGAAACGAACAGGAUUGUGCAACGCAUAGCUCACACUGCGUCCUUCAAGAUACAAAAAGUUUCUGGUACGAAGACUACCUUCAGGCGCAUACAUAUUAAUUUGCUCCAACAGUGCAGGGCAGUCGAUUUCCCCUGCCAAAAGUUUGGCGACAAACAUAACCUGAGCGUUGAAAUGUCUCAUUUCCAGCGUCUCCAGUCCCAAGAGUUGGCGACAAGCGUCGUACGGUGGCAAGUUUAGUGGAUCCCGCCACGGAGGAUUCCGGAGAGCAUGUCGCACAAAUGACCGCUGAAUAGACUCAAUCCUACGAAUCCAGUUAGUUUGAAACGGGCACCAGACAACUGCGCUAAACUCCAGUAUAGAUCGACCUAGCGAGCAGUAUAGAGAUCGCAAGCAGUGUGUAUCAUGGAAUUCGCUCGUAAUUUUAAGAACGAAUCCCAACUGCCGGUUGGCUUUAGCGAUAAUUUCGUUGAAGUGCAGUCGGAAACUGAGCGCAUUAUCAAGGGUCACUCAAAGGUCAUGGAUGUGGCUCACUCGCGACAGGACUUGGCCAGAAAAAGAGUAAUAAACACAAUUGGCUUGAGCUUCCGGAGAAAACGAAAUAGUGCUGCAUUUCGAGAUACUGAACGACAUCAUAUUUCUCAAACACCAUUCUCCAAAGCGGUUGACCAGAUCCUGAAGCCUAUGGCAAUCUAGUACGUUCCUGAUUGCCAUAUAAAUUUUCACAUCAUCAGCAUAGAAUAAGCGGCACUAUUUGGAAGUAUCAAGAACACUUCGUUGAUGUAUAGUGAGAACGACAAUGGACCUAGGUUGCUUCCUUCGAGGCAAUCCCGAAGAAUUAGAGAAAGUCGCAGAUUGUGCAGGUUCGAUUUUGACACACAUCUGUCUAUCUUCCUGAUACGAGUUCAACCAUGUCGUGAGUCUUGAUGGAAUCCCGAGUUUGUUCAGCCUUGCUAGAAGGAUUUUGUGAUCGACGCGGUCGAAAGCAGCCUUGAGAUCCGUAUACACUGCGUCCACCUGUGUACCUUGCUCCAUAUUGCGCACACAAAUGGAAACAAAGUAGACCAAAUUGGUUGCGACAGACCUUUUUGGGAAGAAACCGCGCUGAUCCAAGGACAGACAGGAAAACACAGCAUCAUUGACAAUGAUUUCGAAAACUUUCGAACAGGCGCAAAGUUAUGUUAUUCCUCGGUAGUUUUCUAUGUUACGUUUGUCUCCUUUCUUGUGUACUGGAAACAUCACUGACUGCUUCCAUAGCGAAGGAAACAUACUCUGCUGUAGAGAGGUGUCGGAUAGGACCGAUAAAGGGUAGGCAAGACUUGGCGCACAUUUUUUCAGUACACGAGAAGGGAUACCGUCCGGACCGGGUGUCAAAGAAUACUUUAAUUUGCGGAUCGCCGCCUCCACAACAUCGCUGGUGACUCGAAAGAUGUCAAGAUUCAAUACGUUGGUUUGAGUGUCUCUAACGGCAGCAGCAACUUGCAUUUCGGAGGACGAACGGUAAUUGAAUGCUCGCUUGAAGUGAGUAACGAAAAGAUUGCAUUUGCAGUGUUAACCGAGUGGUUCACCAGAAACAUGUUUACGGGCGACCAUUUCCAUUCUCUUGAAGUUGACAAAGGACCAGAAAAGUUUCGGGUUUCUACGGAGAUUUUUCUGCAUACGCCUCGUAUACUGUUUAUACAGGAAGCGAUUGUAUAAACGGUAUUCGUUUCUCGUCCGGUUCAGCUCUUGCUUAGCAAACGGACAGCGCAGUCUACAGAAACGCCGGAGAGCAGAGGAUCGCAAUCUUUUGAGUUCUCUCAGUCGUCUAUUGCCCCAGAUUGGUUUCCGUGCAGUCCUCCGCGCAGCAACCCAAUCAACGAUGAUACGGGUCAUGACAUCAGAAAACCUGGUAACGGCAGCAUCCGCAUCCUCGAUGGUCUCCAGAAUUCCCAGUCGACUUGAGCUAUAGCUUGAUGUAAUGCUGCUAAAUCAGCUUUCUGAAAAUUGAAGGAAGUCAGAUCUGGUACAUAUUCAAAUCCAGUUGGCGUCGGUAGAUUGACGUCAACUUCCAGUGCUGGAUGAUCGGUGUCGAGCGGAAUAACUGGAUCGGCGGCCUCGGUGAUCGAGCACCUUGAUAAAGCAGCAUCAUUUGCUAGCACUAGAUCGAGCAAGCGGCCAUUCCUGUUCAGCACUGGAUUGAUCUGCGUUAGUCCAUGGAAACAGAAUCCAUCGAGUAAGGUCGAGGAAGCAGUCGAAAAACGUGAUCGUGAGCAGUCAAUAGAAGGUGGAGCAUUCGACGGGAUAUUCCAUUCUAAACCAGACUGAUUGUAGUCGCCGAACGCAAAUGCAACAUCCUGUCUUUCAAGCUGAGAAAUGAUGGCUCCGGUGGAAUCAAUAUGCUUCUCAAUACAGCUGAGAUCACCUCUCUUAUCGGGUGGUAAAUAAAUAACACCGAUACUAACGACCAAACCUUCCAUCCUGAUUCUGAGCCAAAGCUGUUCGAGAGUAUCACACACUGGAGUUGGAUCAAUGAAACCGCCUAACAUGAAUGAGACGGCUAUCAAAACACCACCGCCGCGUGAUUUGGAGCUGUUACGUGAAUUACGAACGUUACGAUAAAUGAUUGAAGGGUUUCGUAAAGUGAGGCGAAGCGUUGUCAUUCUGUAGAAUCGUUAUUUCGUACCUUUUGGUCGUUUUUUUCGAGAAGAGCUCGGCCCGAUCGAGUUAAUUGUAUUCGAUACUGUUUCCCAUAACAUUAGAAAUAAUAAACAACAUUGAUGUGGUUCCAGCAUAACACUCGCAGUGUGAAUAUUGGGGACAAACAGUGCCCAUGACUUUCUUUAACUUGGUUUGCCGUAAUGACUCCUUUUUUCAUCAUCCGUCACGAUGCGAUGAAGAAAACUCAUCCUUUAUGCCGCUGGAAUUUGGCUCAAAAAUGUAGAACCCAAGUUCUUCGUUUUUGAAUCUUUCCCAGCGCAAUCUCUCUUAGAAGAAUAAUAUAUCUGAUGGAAAAUUAUUUGCGGAUUAGUUUUCUAUUUCGUUUUCGUUUCGGCCUAAAACAGUUUGAUUACGAGAAACAAUCUAUAACCGUCUUGGCUUCGCGUGAAUUGAGCAGAAGACGAUUCAAUCCAAAGACAGUGGAUGAAUGAUCGUGAAUAGCAAAACAUCUUGUAAGCCACAAAGAGUACCAUAUGGGAAUUUAAGGGAGCUCGAGUAGCCAAAUAUUGAGCAAAACAACGAAGAAGUUUAAAUUCCAAAUAAAAUCUCUCAGCUUUGCCCGACUCGAUAACACUAACUAGGAUGCUUCAAGUGUUCAGAUGAUUUUAAAAGUGAUAGAUUCUUGAUCGGGCGCAGAAAAUCGAUAUCGAGUACUUUUGUUUCGGGAAAAAAGAUUUCAGUGAGAGACACAAUCAAUGAUAAAAAGUCAACAAGUAGAGUUUAAAAAUAGCCGAAGCGAAUGGCUCCGCUUCAAUUUUAUUGCAUUGCUCGUUGUAUUACAGGAUUCGUUGGGGGUUUGAUUUUUAAGUGACAUCAAAAAUUGUUACACAUCCCUGUUCAUGCUGCCUGCUGUGUCCUCUCGAUUAUAACGAUACAGAAGACAUUCAUUAUCAUACAUUAAUUGACGCACCCACAUCUCAUUGGAAUAUGCACGCAUUUAAACCUAAGGUAUAAACACAAAAAAGCUUACAAUUACAAAAAAAAAUACAUCUAAACGAUAAUUGUUUCAAUAAUCUCAUCAAUCUCGUCUACUGAUCUUUAUCCGUAAGCCAUCCUUCGGUCGCAGAAUCAGUUCCCCCAGCAGGGUGAGAUUUUCCCGCCGGUCUACCGCCUCGAUGCGAUACUUCCGCAGCACAGCCGAGAUGAUUGACUUUUCCUCAAGCACGGCAAACUUCUGUCCGAUACAGUUGCGUGGUCCGGCGCUGAACGGGAUGUACGCAUAGGGAUGCCGACCCCUGCAGUUUUCCGGCAGAAAGUUGUCUGGGUUGAAUUUAUCCGGAUUGGGGAAGACCUUGGGGUUUCGGUGCAACUGGUAGACCACGAUCAUCGCUGUCGUGCCGGCAGGGAUGGUGUAGUCAUCGAUUUGGACAUCUUCAACCAGUUUCCUGGCAAUUAGUGGCACACUUGGGUAGAGUCGCAGCCCUUCUUUGAUGCAGCACUCCAGGUACUUCAUUUCGUUGAGCUCGGCCAUGGUUGGAAAUCGUUCCCGAUCGCCACCCAUAAUCAGGUCUAUUUCCUCUACGAUGCGAUCCUGGAUCGAUGGCUCGGCUCCCAGCAGCAGCAGUAUCCAUGAAAUCGCCGCCGAUGUAGUGUCAUGACCUUCGAACAUGAACGUGUCGACUUCCUCUCGGAUGUCCUCGGUGGAUAACACGGUUCCAUCCUGAGAUGCUUCUAUCAGCAGAUCCAGAAAGGCUAGACGUUUCUUCCGACCGAACUCCUCGGGAGCAAAAUUGUUGUUCGAGAGAUUCUGUUUCAGAAUUUCCUCCUUGCGCUCGCGAAUCACUCGAUUGGAGAACUCGUGCAAAAUCGCCAGACAUCGCUGAUGAUUUUUGUAGUCUUUGGUGCGUUUGAAGAUAAAGUCCGGUUGGAGCCAUAUUUUCUGCUGACGACUCUGGACGAUUCCUCCGAUUCUGUGAAUGUUGAAAUUAUAAUAAGUAAAUUAAAAAAGAAACAGUUUUGUAGGCGGAGCUUACUGAUAAACGGCUUUUACGUAUUCUGAAUCGGAGUUCAUCUGGGCGUUCACGAGUCUACCCAUGGCAGUUUCUGUACGGUGCAUUAAGAUAUUAAACCAACUGAACAUCUUGAACUUGUGAAUUUCUCAUAGUUACCACAAACGAUGUCCAGCGCACAGAGCGUCACAUAGGGAAAGCAGUUGAAGCCUUCAUCGUUACCUAUUUCGUUCUCCAGCCGCUUCACGAGGACGGCGCUUUGCUCCUGGAAGAUGUCUACGAAAUCGUCCAGGAUUUUGAAGUGGAAUGCGGGUGUGAGGAUUUUUCGACGAGGGUGCCACUUCUUGCCCUGACUGGUCAACAGACCGGUGCCAAGCCAUGGUUUAAGGAAUUCGUAGUCGUGGCUCUUCUCGAUGUGUUUGGGGCUUCCCAGGAUUGGCUGUAGGGAAUAGAGGUUGACGGUUGAUGAGUUUUUAACAGGCUUUCAAAUUAUAGCGAUAAUUAAGUGGAUAAAAUAAUAUGUUAACUAGUGUUUUUCGUGAUUCGUUUAGGCUUUAAUGAAUGCUCCAUUGCAGGACAAUUUAUAUACGUUCGCUAACUGGGCGUACGUUAACUGGACUGCAAUUGAUUUAUGUAUCAAUUUAUGUAUAGGCGUCAGAUUCAGUUUGGAGUUCAACUUUUGCUUUUUCGCAGCCCAGUUAGCGAGUGGAGUUCGAUAAUUGGGUUGAAUUGCUAACCCAGUAAGCGGAAGAGCACUGUAUCGACGGGGAUGAGGUUUUCGCCUAGAAACUGGUUUCAUUUCAAAGCAAAUACAAUAAAGAUUAAUUAUUUUGGAUUGCAUAAGAAGAAAGGAUUAAGUGCUCUGACUGUUGUAAGCGGGAGACAUUUAAGGGGGGACCCCUGUCUGGAAGGUCGGAAAAUAAUUAAUUUUCGUGAUUUUUUUUCGGAU